GGUCCCCCGCCCGGUGCGCCCCGCCCGCGCGCCGAUCGCUCGCAGCCACUCGCAGCCGGGGCUCAGUCGCAGCCCCUCGGAGUCCGGAGCCGGUCGACCCUGCGGACCGGACAGUGCCACCAGCUGCCGGGACGGAGCCCCCCAGCACGCGAUCAGGGCGCGGCGCAGGCGGCCGCGGCGCGGCGGGGAGGAGCCCGGGCCGGAACCAGGGCUGGGCCGGGGGCGGGGACGCCGGGGUCCCGGAGCCCCGGAGCCGGAGCGAGCUCAGGAGCGUCGCCGGAGCCCGGGGAAGGACGAUCGGAAGCCGGAGAGAGCCAAGCCAUCUUACAAAGUGCGAUGCCCCCAAGGGGCUGAGGCGCGCGGCGAUCGGCGCUAGAAAGAUCGCUUCGGAGCGGCGCGCGGGGGCAGCCCCAGCGAGUGGCGGCGGGCCCGGGCUGCGACUCGAGCGAGCCCCAUGCCCCGUGCGGGCUGACGGGCCGGAGCCCGCACUGAGCGGCCGGGCCGGACAGGUCCCGACAGAGCGGCAAUGAUGGUGGAGUCUGCAUCGGAGACAAUCAGGUCGGCUCCGUCUGGUCAGAACGGCGUGGGCAGCCUCUCUGCGCAGGCUGAUGGCGGCGGUGGGGCCGGGACCGCAGGCACGGCCCCGGCUGCGGGUAGGGACGCCUCAGGCAGGGAAGCAGCCAGCGGAGCUGACAGCAAUGGCGAGAUGAGCCCCGCAGAGCUUCUGCACUUCCAACAGCAACAGGCUCUCCAGGUGGCCCGGCAGCUCCUGUUGCAGCAAGCCUCCAGCCUGAACUCCCCGGGGAACAAUGAUAGUAAACAGUCGGCCUCUGCAGUGCAGGUGCCUGUGUCAGUAGCCAUGAUGUCCCAGCAGAUGCUCACCCCCCAGCAGAUGCAGCAGAUCCUGUCACCACCUCAGCUGCAGGCCUUGCUGCAGCAGCAGCAGGCUCUCAUGCUCCAGCAGCUGCAGGAAUAUUACAAGAAGCAGCAAGAGCAGCUCCAUUUGCAACUCCUCACCCAGCAGCAGGCUGGAAAACAGCAGCCCAAAGAGGCUCUGGGGAACAAACAGCUGGCUUUCCAGCAGCAGCUCCUGCAGAUGCAACAGUUGCAGCAACAGCACUUGCUCAACCUGCAGAGGCAGGGGCUGGUCAGCCUGCAGCCUAGCCAAGCCUCAGGGCCUCUCCAGGCCCUCCCGCAAGCAGCCGUGUGCCCGACAGACCUGCCCCAGCUGUGGAAAGGCGAGGGGGCCCCGGGGCAGCCUGCUGAGGACAGCGGCAGGCAGGAGGGGCUGGACCUCGCCAGCACGGCUGCUACUGCUACCUCGUUCGCCAGCCCCCCCAAGGUCUCCCCACCCCUCUCCCACCACCCCUUACCCAACGGACAACCCACUGUGCUCACAUCUCGGAGAGACAGCUCCUCCCAUGAGGAGACCCCCAGUUCCCACCCUCUUUACGGACAUGGGGAAUGCAAAUGGCCAGGCUGUGAGACCCUGUGUGAAGACCUCGGCCAGUUUAUCAAACACCUCAACACAGAACAUGCUUUGGAUGACCGGAGCACGGCCCAAUGCCGCGUGCAGAUGCAAGUGGUACAACAGCUGGAGAUCCAGCAUCCUUCCACAGCACAGCCCUGGCCUUCAGGGAACAGCCUCUCUGGGUGCUUUGUCCAGCACCUACCCCAUUGCUCACAGCUGAACCCAGUCCCUGGCUCCUCCUCAUUCUCCAAGGUGACCGUCUCCGCAGACCCAUUCCCAGAUGGCCUCGUGCACCCCCCAACUUCAGCUGCCGCCCCUGUUACACCCCUGCGUCCCCCUGGUCUGGGCUCUGCCUCUUUGCACAGUGGGGGUCCUGCACGCAGGAGAAGCAAUGACAAAUUCUGCUCCCCCAUCUCCUCAGAGCUGGCCCAGAAUCAUGAGUUCUACAAGAACGCUGACGUCAGGCCCCCCUUCACCUAUGCCUCCCUUAUCCGCCAGGCCAUUCUGGAAACUCCAGAUAGGCAGCUGACUCUAAAUGAGAUCUAUAACUGGUUCACCAGGAUGUUCGCCUAUUUCCGAAGAAACACAGCCACCUGGAAGAAUGCUGUGCGCCAUAACCUCAGCCUGCACAAGUGUUUCGUCCGUGUGGAGAACGUCAAGGGGGCCGUGUGGACUGUGGAUGAGCGGGAAUACCAGAAACGGAGACCGCCAAAGAUGACAGGAAGCCCCACUCUGGUGAAGAACAUGAUCUCGGGCCUCAGUUAUGGGGCACUUAACGCCAGCUACCAGGCUGCCCUGGCAGAGAGCAGCUUCCCUCUCCUCAGCAGCCCGGGCAUGUUGAACCCUGGCUCAGCCAGCAGCCUUCUGCCCCUCAGCCAGGAUGACAUGGGCGCCCCUGGGGAACCACUACCCAGCAAUGGGAGCAGCAGCCCCCCUCGCCUCUCCCCUCCUCAGUACAGCCACCAGAUACAAGUCAAAGAGGAGCCUGCAGAGGCAGAGGAAGAUCGACGGCUGGGGCCUCCCCUGGGCGCCCCCAACCCCAGCACUGUGGGGCCUCCAGAAGACAGGGACCUGGAAGAGGACCUGGGAGGAGAGGACAUGUCCUAAGGGCUGGGUGGGCAGGCAGGGCAGGGCAAGACCCUGCUGCCCAAUGGACCCCGGCCCCCACACCCCCACUCUACAGCCCCUCCAACCGCAAGGCACUUCGGGGACUCGGACAGGGGAGAUCCGGGCCAGUAGCUCCCAUGCCACCUGACUGACAGACGCCUGGGGGCAGGCCCAUCCCUGCCCCCGCAGAGAACACAGAACCCUUGGACUGGGACCCGUAGAGGACAUGGAGGGCCCAGACCCCCUCAGCCCCUCCCUGUAUUCCCAGCCACCAGCAGCAGGGCUCUCCUUCCCCACCAGCGCUCCCCUCCAAGGCCCCUUAGCACAAGGGGAGACCCGCAGGCGGGGCUGAGCCACCCCCACAACCCUACCUUCAUCCCCUCUGCCCGGUCUGGCCAGAGGACCCUUCCUGGUUCAUCUCCCCUCAUCUUCUUUUCCCAACUGUGAAAAUUAGUUCUCCAGCCCCAGCUUCCCGCUCAACGGGGCAAGCAGGCUGGGGGGUGGGGGUGGGCGGACACCUGCAGACCAGCCCCUCAGCUGCUGGGGUGGAGAAAGUUGUGCCCUGCCCUUCCCCUCUCCCACCUGAGACAGGAUCCCCCAGACUAAGCAGGCCUCCACCCCACCCUGUUUGCUGGGCACUCCUGCAGCACCCCUACUCUAGGAAGCACUGAGGGACCCCAUGCUAGGCGCCUUCAGAGCUGUGUGCUAGAUGGCCUCUGCCCUGAGCAUCACAGCAUGGAGAAAGCCAGGCUGGAUCCACCCUCGCCCCCCAGCCUACGGGUCCCCAAAAUGGGGUCCCCUUCCCCCCACCUCUUCCUGCCCAACCCUCCCCAGUU